CAUCAUGGCUGAGCAGAGGCAUGCAGGUGGAUCUCAGGGCAGUGGGCACAAUGAUGCCAUCAGUGUUGAACUGGGAAAGAUGAUAAUGGAGAGACUGCUCUCCAAACUGCAGUAUGCAAUGAGUCGCCAACCAUUGGAUUUAGACUACUUUCAGUUUGUAUGCAACCACGAGCUUCUUUUCAUCACCUCUGUGUAUAAUCAAAUUACAGUCCCAGAAGAACUUUUUCAUGAACUCUUAACCUUAAAAAACACAGUGGAGAGGCAUAUUGAAAAUAACAGUGCACCCAUAACUACCCUUGUAGUGCAAUAUGGAGUAAAGGGACCUCCAAAGUUUAUUAUUUCCAGAGAGCAUCUUCAGAAACUAGUGAAUAUGCAGCUGUCUGUUCCAUUUAUUGCCAAGCUCCUUGGUGUUUCAACAAGGACUAUCAAUCGUCGUCUCAAUGAGUAUGGCAUUUCUGUAAAAGACACCUACUCUAAGAUCACAGAUGAGGAGCUUGACAAUUUAGUCAGUUCGGUAAAGGCUGAAAGUCCACACCUAGGGCAUAGAAUGAUGAAAGGAAGGUUGCAAGCACUGGGUCACCGUGUGACAUGGACGAGAGUAUGGGAUUCCAUGCAUCGAGUGGACUCUGCUGGAAUACUUGCAAGAAUGACACAGUUGAGGUGUAUAGUCAGAAGGACUUAUUCUGUGCGGGGCCCUCUUCAUGUUGUUCAUAUAGACACAAACCACAAGCUUAUAAGGUAUGGCCUUGUGAUUUUCGGUGCCAUUGAUGGCUACUCCAGAAAGAUCAUGUACCUUGGAGCUGCUACAGAUAACAAAGCAGCAACUGCCCUUGGUUUUUUCCUUCAGUCAGUGGAGAAACAUGGGUUUCCAUUAAGAGUUCGAGGAGACCAAGGAGUAGAAAAUGUGGAGAUCGCUAGGUGCAUGUUUUCCGUGCGAGGCUGUGGGAGGGGAAGUUACAUGUCAGGAAAAAGCGUGCAUAACCAGCGCAUUGAACGCCUUUGGCGUGACAUAUGGAUGGCAGUUACAAACAUCUUCUAUGAUGUCUUACACACUCUUGAGGAGGAAGGGUUACUUGAUCCAACCAACAGCCUGCACCUGUUUUGUUGUCAUUUUGUGUUCCUGCCUCGCCUCAAGGCCAACCUUGAAUCCUUCACUUGUGGUUGGAAUAGCCAUCCUCUCCGAACAGAGGGGAAUCUGAGCCCCAACCAAAUGUGGGAAAUUGGGCUCUUUCAAAACCCUGUCACUCCUCCAGAAUCUGAGAAUGUGCAAGAUGAAGACUCUGACUGGGACACAGCCAGUCCAGACCAGCCAUCCAGAGGAAUUGUAGUUCCUCCAGUUGAAUGCCCUUUGACUGAAGAACAUAUGGCCCAGCUUCAAACUGUUAUUGACCCAACCUCGCAAUCUCAGAAUUAUGGGAGGGACAAAUAUUUAGCUGUACUAAAUUUUGUGCUCCUUCAUUCUUAACUGGCAGAGUAUAA